CCCCAUCAUCCCUGAUCCCAACUUAGAACAAUGUGUGAUCCUCGCUUUCGAGCUUCCCGACGUCCGUGGACACGCUGUCCUUAUAACUCCGUAGUCGGAGCAAUGCUGAAACAUCACGAUCAAAGGCCCUCUAAAGAAUACGGGCUGCGCUUUUGCACCUGUAACUUCACGUCCAGCCUUGCAUAAUGGCCUCUCUUCCUGGGUUUCCUAUACCUACUGGCGGCCCUUCGCCAGCCAGCGUGCUGGGCGGUUUCUCCAUGACACAAUGCCUCGCUGUAUUGUUAUAUGGCAUGAUGGUAGCGCAAGCCUAUGUCUACAUGCUGCAUUCCAAAAGCGAUCGAGCAGCACUCAAAGCUGUCGUCGUUGCUGUAUGCUUCCUUGAAACGCUACAUACUGCAUUUCUCUUGCAUCAGUUGUACUUCUAUACGGUCCUGAAUUUCUUGAACCUUGCCGAGGCAAGCAACAUUGUAUGGAGCACUGGGCCAAGCGUCCUGCUUGAGACCUUCAUUUGCGCCCUCGUUCAGGGAUUCUAUGUGUACCGUAUCUGGAUUCUCAGCGAUGGGUCCGUCAUCUCCACAAUUGCACCGGCAGUACUUCUGGUUGGACGAGUCGCAUUCGGUUUUGCUUCAAGUAUCAUCAUCAUGACAUCAACGACAUUUGCCGACAUUCGAGGACAUACAGGACCAAUGUUCGCAGUAACAUGUGGACUUGCGCUUUCGCUUGUGACCGACUUAGUCAUUGCUUUGCUCCUUAUCUUCUACUUGUUCCGUAGUGAAGCGGCAUGGAUCAGUGCAGAGAGCGUUGUCCGUGGUCUCAUCGCGUACACAGUCAACACAGGUGCACUCACGACGAUCGCAUCCCUGCUUGUUCUUGUCACGUUCUUGUCUUUAAAGCAAAGCCUCCUUUUCGGUGGGCUGCUAAUGCUUCGCAGCAAGCUGUAUUCCAUAUCUUUUUUGGGAACGUUGAACGCGAGACAUGGCGCUCAAACAGGUGCAUUCCCUACUACUGGGUACACAACCACUGGAUACACCAGCACGAACGAAUCAGAACUCACGACUUUCCGAGGAACGGACAUGGUUGAUCACAGUGGUUACAAAGUAGGCGGAAAGGCUACUACGGUUGAUGCUCAUGAGUCCAUUAUGAGCUCUCCAACUGUCGUGCAUGACUCGCCAACUCCGGGGAAGAGCUCUUUCAACUCCGCACGGGUUUAAUUCUGUCUUCCAAGAUAAUACAAUUGAUCUACUCCUCUCAAACGUACAGUUUGAGUUCAUCUGGUCUGCCCCCCAGUAUACAACUGUUAGUCGCCCCAGGACUGUGUAGGUUCCAUUCGCAACCCCUUCCAUUCGUUUGUACUGAAUACAUGUAUUGUUUCUUUUAACUUCUUCAUGAAGUCUGAGCCAUGCCUUUGAUCACUUUCAUAGUCGUAUAGGGACUAUUGUAGUUGUGGGAUCUGAGACUGCCACUGCAAUGUCGCCGCCGGUAGAAGCCUGUUUGAGUUGUUCGUUAGGCGAUCCCACCAGGGUCCUUGAUUCUUGAUGAUCGACAAUGCUUCCAAGCCGCAAUCUGCUCCAUCACUCGAUUGGCUGGCUUAUAACGUUCGAACAUGGCAU